AUGGCAAAGGCCAUCAAAACAGUCAAUGAGGAGGACGGCGAGACGAUCGAGAGCGGCUCCGAGCCGGAGGCGGCCGUCGAGGCGGGCCCUUGCAGCAACCAGCGGCCGCCGCCCUCUCAGCCCAUCGCCAUUAGCCGGUGCGCCACCUCGCCGUCGCACCUCUCGCCGCCGCAGCAGGACCUGUUCCGCUCGUGCUCGCACCCUGGCUCGCCGGACCGGCGCGCCGGCGCCGAGGAGCGGCCGCGCAGCCUCGAGGGCCUGGUGGAACGCGGCCGUGUGGAGCCGGCGCCGGCCAGGCCAGAUGGCUUUAAUUCGGGCGAGCUGGACGAUGAGGACGAAGAGCUGCGGCGGCAGCGGCACUCGGUGCCCUCGCAGACGGCGUACGCGCAGCAGCUGUCGAUCCUGAACCAGCAGCUGCAGCUGGGCGCGCCCGGUGGCUCGGGCAGCUCGCUCUUCUCGACGGCCGUCAUCAGCGGCUCGUCGUCGGCGCCCGAGCUCAAGUCGCUCUUCACGCCCGUCACGGCCAUCGGUGAGACGUGCCGGGCGACGCGGCGGCGCGACCCGCACCGCGACGUGGUUGCUGUGAACGCCUUCAUCGACCGCGUGACCUCGAUGGAGUUCCGCACGCCGACCGAGCCGUCGGCGCCACGCGGUCCACCCGCCACCUUUGGCCCUCCACUCGCCCACCCAGAUACGCCGCUGGACGGCGGGCGCAUCGCCAACGACGGCUGGUAG